AUGCCGUCUCUCUCGGAAAUUCCCAUUAUCAUCCGCCUCUCCGAUGAGGAGCGGGACUCGGGCGUAUUGUCCGAUCACCACCUAUACGACGCCGUCGAAGCCUUCUUUAAUGACGGAUUCGUCGUGCUGGAGAAUGCGGUGCGGGAUGACUUGAUAGAUAACUUGAACGAACGAAUGCUCCAGGAUACGGAGAAGCUCAUGGCGGGCGAGGGCUUGUCCCACUUUGCUCCUCUGAAUAACGGAGUGGCCGAGAAGGGGGCCAAGGCUGGCGGAAACCUCUCUCAAGUGCCGCCUCUGGAGAAGGAAUGGCUCCAUCGCGAAAUCUUCGCCAACAAACACGCCGCUCAACUCAUCUCCUGCAUCCUCGGCCCUAAGCCCGAGGUUCACUUCCUCCGCUCGAACACCCUCUUGAACAAUAAUGACCGCCAGCGUGUCCACUCGGACAUGCGGUUUGAGCACCCCACUCACCCCUUUGCCAUUACCCAGAAUGUGUGCCUGUGCGACUGCGGCCCCGAGAAUGGGACGACCGAGCUAUGGCUCGGCACACAGAACACCGGCGUGGAGAUCCGGCCCCAGCUCGGCGAGCCCUUCAUCGAGGAGACGGUCGUGGAAGAGAGGAGGAAGAUCCGGCCGCCUAUAUACCCACGAGUCAAGAAGGGUUCGAUCAUGGUGCGAGACUUGCGACUGUGGCACGCCGGGAUGCCCAAUCUCACCGACAACGUGCGCAUCCUCCUCACGAUCAACUACUAUGCUGGAUGGUUCAAAAAUGGUGCACUCAUUACCUUUCCGGAAUCCCUCCGAUCCGACGUUGCCGCCCUGGAGGAGUACGCGGGUAUCAAGUUUGCCGCAACCUACGAGCCCGACGAAGGAUUCAACUACCUCAACAGCAAGUUUAGCAACAACUUCAGCUCGGUCCUCCACCCCGAGGUCUGGGAGAAGAUUGCGCAUGUCAAGACCGCAAAAGGGUACUAG